AUGGCAUUGCGCCUCCUCCCUUUCGCUCCGGCAACCAUGUCGCGCUCACUUUCCGAGUCACUCCAAUUCCCCCGACUCGCUCGGUUCCUCCCGAUCACACCCAUCGCGACCAGAUUCUUACAACCGGUUUCGAUCUCUCUCAAUAUCCCAUCUCUUCUGUCAGAUCUUUGGGAUUCCGUUCUGCGCGCCGUUCCUAAGAAGAAGACCUCCCACAUGAAGAAGCGUCAUCGACAAAUGGCCGGCAAGGCCCUCAAAGACGUGAAGAGUCUUAAUAAAUGCCCGGGCUGUGGCCAGAUCAAGCGUGCCCAUCUUUUGUGCCCGAACUGUGUUAAAGACAUCAAGGAAUCGUGGAGGACCCUGGACAUGGCAUGAGAGAGCACUGCAAGAAAUAAGGGCUUGUCUUUGG